ACUUCUGAUAAGGUAUCAGUUAGAGGGUGUGGUCAACAGUACACCCUUCCCUGGAUUCCUGUGGAGAUUCAUCUCUGUGGAAAGACUCAAAGUGAGAUACACUGGAGAGAGAGAGAGAGACGGAGAGACAACUCAGCAAGAAACAAGAGAAGAGUAAGAAACAAGGAAAAAGUAAGGAAAGAAGUGGUGAGACACUAACUAUAACAAUUACUGACUAUCCUCUGUGGGAAUGUUUUGGGACUAAAUGAACAUUCAAUCAAAUAAUCAAUAAAAAGAGGACAGGACAUUUAAGUCAAGUACAGUACUGAACAGUAAUAAGAAGGAAAGAUUUGAGGAGGACAUUUCAAUCAUCAUGAUUACGCUGGAUAAUCGUUCUGUGACCAUGCCGGUAGGCAUUGUACGAAUAUUGGAGAUUGUGCUGUCAUGCGUCUGUUUCAGCCUUGUGGCCUCUGUGGGCCACUAUAACAACUCCCACUGGGCCUGGUGCAUGUUCACUUGGUGCUUCUGCUGCUUCAUGAGCCUUUUUAUUCUAAUCCUGGAGUGCACCAGCCUCAAUGUUAAAGUGCCCAUCUCCUGGGAUGACUUCACCACAGCCUUCGCCAUGCUGGCUACACUCAUGAUGCUGGCUGCCUCGAUCAUCUACCCCGUCUUCUUUGUUUGCUCUUCUUGUUCUCGACCAAUUGCUGCUACAGUCAUGUCCUGCCUCUGUUUUAUUGUGUAUGCUGUGGAGGUUGGACUAACUCGGGCGAAACCAGGCGAGAUCAGUGGCUUCCUGUCCACAGUUCCAGGUUUGCUAAAGGUUCUGGAAGCCUUUGUUGCUUGCAUCAUCUUCAUUUCUCUCACCAACAGAUACAGUCAAUACCCUGGGUUGCAGUGGUGCGUGGCAGUUUACUCAUUGUGCUUCAUCUUUGCUCUCCUUAUCAUCAUCUUCACCAUCUGCAAGCUGCUGGCUCUGUGCCCCUUUCCAUUUGACAAAGUCCUUACUGGUUACAAUGUGCUGGCUGUUAUUAUGUACAUGACAGCAGUAGUUAUAUGGCCACUUUACAGUUUCCAAGGAAAUCCAAGACCAGAGCCCUGUGAUCCUUGUGACUGGGACAACCUAGUGGUAGUGUCCUUUAUGACAUGUAUCAACCUCAUUGCCUAUAUUGUGGACACAUGCUACUCAGUACGGCUAGUAUUCUUUAUUACACCUGCCUAAGAAAAGAUUACAUUACGCAUGUUGACCAGACAGUGUAAAUGUUAAGAGUUGAGAAAACAUUUUUUGGUAUAUACAAAGCUUUUAG